AUGUCCUCAAUAAAUCAAUAUGAAUUAUUGAAAACAAAUGGUUCAUGGAAAGAUCGGCUUAAAUAUGUUUUAUCAUUAACUGAUAAAAAUGAUAUAGAAAAACAUUUAAAAGAAUCAUCAUUAUCAUCUAUUGAUGAUUUAAAAAUGUUGACUUCUGCGGGUCAACGUUGGAUUCAACUUCAAAAAGAUCCAAAACAAAUUCAUAAUUUUAUUGUUGAAUCAAUCAAUGAUAAAAAUCUUCCUCGAUACUUAAAACAUCAAAUACUAAAAGAUCUUCAUCGAAUUGAUUGUUUAAAAAAAUCUUCAUCAUUUUUUUAUGAUCUUGCAUGUCAUUUAACAGAAUCAAAUAACCAUGAGCAAUAUAAUAUAGAUGCCUACUUAUUACCAUUUUGUAAAUACGAUCAAAUAAUUGAUCUUUUAUCACGAUGGUCAUUAAAACGUUUUGAACAAGUUGACUUGACAUCAGCAUUUUAUUGUAAAUUAAUUCGUUAUCAACCUCUUAUUAUUAUUCAUUUAAUGAAAGCUGAUUUAAAUGAAUAUAAAAAUGAUUAUGAAAAAUUUUCAAAUUAUUUUAACAAAAAAUAUAAAACAUUUGAUUUAAUUGCAAAAAAAGAACCAAAAGAAUUGAUGAAUUUAACAAUUGAAUAUUUAAAUCAAUUAGAAAAACAUAAAAGAUUUUUACCUUAUUUUAUUCAUUGCAACGAUACAUACUUUUUUAAAAAAUGUCCAGAAGAAAUGAUUCAAAUAAUAACAAUUAUUGCUUCAAAUCAACCAGGUCAAAUGAAAUAUACAUCAAGCUGCAGUAAUGAAGGAUAUGAUUUCAGUUCACUUCAAAUACCUCAUUCAUUUUCUAUUGAAAAUUAUGUUCGUUUAUUUCUUGCUUUAUAUGACACAUGUAGAUGCGUUUAUCGUUUACCUACGGCAAGAUGUAUGGGAAAUAAAAAAUGUUGCAAAACUUUUGCUCCACCCAGUAAUCAAUAA